AUGACAGAAGUGUGUCGUACAUGCGAGACCUCUGGCAAGUGUGUUAUGAUGUCCAACAAGGAUCGCGCGGUAUGGCAACAGCUGAGGCAUAAGAAUCUCAUGUCAUGUCUGAUGUCCAUCCAUGACCCAGUGACAGAAAGAUUCUGUUUAGUUUUCGAAUUUCCAGGAAUUACAUUGCAAGACUUUGUAUUCCGAAUGUUUCUUGCCAAAAGCAACGUUCCAGAACUCAUAUCAUGGCAGGUGUUGUCAAAACUCGCCUCUGUGCUAAUCUUUUUAGAGAACAAUGGGAUUUUACCUUGGGAAUUAUGUCACCCACAGAAUGUUGUUAUUACACAACGAGGGGAGAUUAAAUUAGAGAACCUGUUGCUUUAUCUGCCAGUGAAAGACGGCUCGAGAUACCAAACUAACACAUCUAAGAGGAUGUCGCCUGAGCAAAUGAAAGGCGAAUCUGCGACUGCCAAAACAUUGGUUUGGGGACUGGGUAGAAUAUUGUACGAAAUCUGUGCCCGUCUGCCCGUUAAAGAACCCUCUGUAAAAACUGCCACCCCACCACUUUGCUAUCACCAGGCUGUCAACUGUACCAAGGAUUUGUCUCGUGUAAUGUGCGAGUGUUUAAGGAACAACCCAAGCUCUCGACCUACGCUGCAGUCGUUGCUCGAACGUGCCGAGCGUCACGUGGAAGUACUGGCCGCUAACACGUGGAACUGGAGGCUUGAAUCAAACCUGGUGACGCUGAUGCAGUGCUUAGACAGACUACCGUUUUCGGGUGGUUUUCUGCGAUGA